AUGGAGGCGGUGCUACGGCAGCAGAGGGUGGUGGCCAGCUUGGAGCUCCGCAAGGCCAAAAAAGAUGAGCAAGCCUUAAAGAGAAGGAACAUUACUCUCCUGUCCUGUGAUUCGGCUUUUGAAACUCCAGCCAAAGUGGCCAGCCUCACUCUGGAGGAGAUAAUCGAAGGUGUGAAUGGCUCAGAUCCAAUCCUGUGUUUCUUGGCCACCCAGGCAGCCAGGAAGAUGCUCUCCCAGGAGAAGAACCCUCCUCUGAAAGUGAUCGUGGACGCCGGGCUCAUUCCCAGGCUGGUGGAGUUCCUGAAGCCCUCGCUGCACCCCCACCUGCAGUUAGAGGCUGCCUGGGCUCUGACCAAUGUAGCCUCCGGGACUACGGAGCAGACCCGUGCCGUGGUGGAAGCUGGCGCCGUCCAGUCCCUGGUGGAGCUCCUGUCCUCCCCCCACAUGACGGUGUGCGAGCAGGCUGCCUGGGCCCUCGGCAACAUCGCAGCUGCCGAGUGGCACCUGCCUGUGCUGUUGGGAAUGUACAUCCAGCAGACCCGGGAGAGCCAGGACCUGGUUCCUGGCUUGCCUAGCGAUGGCCCAGAAUUCAGAGACCUCGUUAUCUCCAGCAAUGCCAUCCCACACCUUCUGGACCUUAUGACGUCAGACAUACCAAUUGGCUUUCUGCGCAACCUCACGUGGACCUUGUCCAACCUGUGCCGUAACAAGAACCCAUAUCCCAGCAAGGAGGCCGUGAUGCUGAUGCUGCCCCGUCUCGCUCUCCUCCUGUGCCACCUGGACAAUGAGAUCCUGUCAGACACCUGCUGGGCCCUGUCCUAUCUCACCGAUGGCCACAAUGAGCGCAUUGAACAGGUGGUCCGCAUGGGAGUCCUGCCCCGGCUGGUGGAACUCAUGACCGUCCCAGAGCUCAAUGUCUUGACCCCUUCUCUCCGCACCAUGGGCAAUGUCGUCACUGGAACGGACGAGCAGACGCAGAUGGCCAUAGAUGCGGGAGUGCUGAAGGUGCUGCCCCAGCUCCUGAAGCACCCCAAAUCCUCCAUCCAGAAGGAGGCCAUGUGGGCCCUGAGCAACGUGGCCGCCGGGCCCCGCCACCACAUCCAGCAGCUGAUCGCAAGUGAUGUCCUGCCUGCUUUGGUGAAGAUGCUGAGAGAUGGAGAAUUCCGGGUCCAGAAGGAGGCAGUGUGGACAGUGGCUAACUUCGUCACAGGGGCCUCGGUGGACCAGUUGUUCCAGCUUGUCUACUCGGGUGUUUUGGGGCCGCUGGUGAAUCUGCUCAAGGCCCCUGACGUGCGGCUGCUCCUUCUCCUCCUCGAUGUCAUCGCCUGUAUUUUCCAGGCAGCCAAAAAGACGCAGCAGCAGGAACGCCUGCGGCUCCUGAUGGAAGAGCUGGGCGGCGUGGACCGCAUGGAGGCGCUGCUAAUGCACAACAACCACCGCGUGGGCCAGAGUGCACUGACCAUCUUGGACAAACACUUCAAUGAGGUGAGUGAGCCCCAGGACCCUGCACCCCCCCCCACUCCACCCUACUGGGGAGGAGGAGUAUUGUGUGCCAAGAACCUUGCAAAGAAAGACUUUUUCAGACUCCCUGACCCCUUCGCUAAGAUUGUUGUGGAUGGCUCUGGGCAGUGCCACUCGACCGACACUGUGAAAAACACAUUGGACCCAAAGUGGAAUCAGCACUACGACCUAUACGUUGGGAAAACAGAUUCUAUAACCAUCAGCGUGUGGAACCACAAGAAGAUUCACAAGAAGCAGGGAGCGGGCUUCCUGGGCUGUGUGCGGCUGCUUUCCAAUGCCAUCAGCAGAUUGAAAGACACUGGCUACCAGCGUUUGGAUUUGUGCAAACUAAAUCCCUCAGAUUCUGAUGCAGUUCGUGGCCAAAUAGUGGUCAGUUUACAGACGCGAGACCGGAUAGGCACUGGAGGGUCAGUGGUGGACUGCAGGGGACUGCUAGAAAAUGAAGGAACGGUGUAUGAAGACUUGGGGCCCGGAAGGCCGCUGAGCGGCCUCAUGGAGGAGCCGGCCCCGUACACGGACGGCACCGGGGCGGCGGCAGGCGGUGGGAACUGCAGGUUCGCGGAAUCCCCGAGUCAAGAGCAGAGACUGCAGACGCAGCGGCUGCGGAACCCCGAGGUGCGCGGGUCGCUGCAGACACCCCAGAACCGACCGCACGGCCACCAGUCGCCAGAGCUGCCGGAAGGCUACGGUGAGACCGGGCUCCGCCCUGGGGUCCGGUGUCCCCGGGGCCGGGGAAGGCUGGGGGAAGGUGGUGGCCAGCCGGUGCCCCGGCCUCGGGUGAGGAAUGCCACGGAGGAGCCAGGCGGCAGGCGGGCCUGUGAUGUCCGUGGGCAGCGGGGAGAGGGGCGGUCGCGUGGCCUGUGCUGCAGCGAGGCCAUCGUUUUGUGGGGAGCUGGUGGCGGGGGAGCAAGGCCGUCGCCACCCCGGCGCAAGCUAGCCGUCCUUCACCAGUGCCAGCUGAAGGAGCCGAGCCAGCCGCCGCCGCUGCCCAGCGAGGGCUCCCUGGAGGAGGAGGAGCUGCCGGCGCAGCGCUACGAGCGGGACCUGGUCCAGAAGCUGAAGGUGCUCCGCCACGAGCUGUCUCUGCAGCAGCCGCAGGCCGGACACUGCCGCAUCGAGGUCUCCCGGGAGGAGAUCUUCGAGGAGUCUUACAGGCAGAUCAUGAAGAUGCGGCCGAAAGACCUGAAGAAGCGGCUCAUGGUCAAGUUCCGCGGGGAGGAGGGCUUAGACUAUGGAGGCGUGGCCAGGGAGUGGCUGUACUUGCUGUGCCACGAAAUGCUGAACCCCUACUAUGGCCUCUUCCAGUACUCCACGGACAACAUCUACAUGCUGCAGAUCAACCCCGACUCCGCCAUCAACCCGGACCACCUGUCUUACUUCCACUUCGUGGGGCGGAUCAUGGGGCUGGCCGUGUUCCACGGGCACCACAUCAACGGUGGCUUCACGGUGCCCUUCUACAAGCAGCUGCUGGGCAAGCCCAUCCAGCUGUCCGACCUCGAGUCGGUGGACCCCGAGCUGCACAAGAGCCUGGUGUGGAUCCUGGAGAACGACAUCACCCCGGUGCUGGACCACACGUUCUGCGUGGAGCACAAUGCCUUUGGGCGCAUCCUCCAGCACGAGCUGAAGCCCAACGGCCGGAAUGUGCCGGUCACCGAGGACAACAAGAAGGAAUAUGUGCGGCUUUAUGUGAACUGGAGGUUCAUGAGAGGAAUCGAGGCGCAGUUCCUGGCACUGCACAAGGGCUUCAAUGAACUCAUCCCGCAACACCUCCUGAAGCCCUUCGACCAGAAGGAACUAGAGCUAAUAAUCGGCGGCCUGGACAAGAUCGACGUGAGUGACUGGAAGUCCAACACGCGGCUGAAGCACUGUGCGGCCGACAGCAGCAUCGUGCGCUGGUUCUGGCAGGCGGUGGAGACCUUCGACGAGGAGCGGAGGGCCAGGCUCCUGCAGUUCGUGACCGGCUCCACCCGUGUUCCUCUGCAAGGCUUCAAGGCUCUGCAAGGCUCUACAGGCGCGGCAGGGCCCCGGCUCUUCACCAUCCACCUCAUCGACGCCAACACCGACAACCUGCCCAAGGCCCACACCUGCUUUAACCGCAUCGACAUCCCGCCUUACGAGUCCUUCGAGAAGCUGUACGAGAAGCUGCUGACGGCCGUGGAGGAGACGUGCGGCUUCGCCGUGGAGUGAGCGCGGCCGGCGCCUCCCUCGUGAGCACGCAGCAGAGGCGGACGCGGAGCGGAUCGCCGCGCGGAGCGGCCGCUGCCCUCCUGGCCCGGGCGGGAGGACGGGACCCGCCACGGUGGCCCCGCACCCACCCUCCACCCGCCUUCCCUCCAUCGCCAUCCAGUAAAGCGCAGCAGGUUUCGCCUCGGCCUCGUGACGAGAGCUGUGAGGAGAGCUGCGGCGGCGGCGGC